AUGUCCCUCUUCCCCCCCUCCCCCGCGCCCGGCUUCCUCCGCCCCUCCCUCUUCGACCUCCUCGCCCAAGACCAGCUCACAGACCUCUUCCACCCCGUCCUCCGCUAUAUCCUCUCUUACCUCGCCCAGCAGUAUCCACGUUAUUUUCUGCGGCUGGUGAACCAUCAUGAGGAGACAUAUGCCUUCCUCCUCUUGCUGCUUCAGAGAUAUCAUUUGAAGAAACACAACGCAUCCAUAUCCGAACAUUUCUACGGCCUCCGCCUCGCCCCCCACCCCUCCCUCUCCUCCUCCCACCUCCCACACUUAUCAUCCAUCUCCCCACUCCGCUCCCAGGGUCUGAGCAGAAGACAGAGAUGGUUGAUGCUGCUCUUCCUCGUGGGCCUGCCCUACGCGCGCGCGAGGGCGCAGGAUUACUAUGAACGCUUGGCAAACGUUGACGUUGGCGAGGACGCUUCCAGAGAUGAGGGGCUAGGAGGCGAUCCACGCGGGCUCACCAUCGUACGCCCCUCAUACAUAUCGAUAGGCAAGUCGCUCAUGAACCACCAGACACAACUCGCAUUCAAACGUAUAUACCCCUACGCCAACACCGCUCUCGACGCUUCAUUCCUCCUCAACGACAUGCUCUACCUCUUUGAAAGAACAGAGUACUACCGUCCGUGGCAUCGGUGGCUUAAGCUCAGAGUAUUACGCGCUACGCCGGAAGAUCAAAUCCAAACCUCGUCCAUCUCCUCCUACCUACCCCCUCUCCUCCCACCGCUUCUACUCCUGUUGAAGCUCUCACAAUGGUGGUACUCGCCCUCCUCUCCUCGCACAAGUUCGGUACUCGGCACAGAGAAGAAUACGACCUCCAAAACGCACGCUGCUAUCCUGCCCCCUCGGCCUUUACCCAUCUUGCCCUCCUCCUCCUCCUCCAUUGUUUCUAUCCCUUCUUCUUCCCAGACGACACCUCUGCCUUCCGACAAUAGCCCUCCCGAUAUUUAUGGAAGCGAGAAUGGAGAGAAAGAAGAGAUAGAGGGAAAAGAAUUCAAAGUGGACAAGGCAGAUUACGGCAAAUGCCCGCUCUGUCGGAAAAAAUGGCAGAACCCCGCAGUCUUGCCGAGUGGAUGGGUCGUUUGUUGGAGAUGUGGAUGGGAAGCUGUAGAGGGUGACGACGACGACGACGACGAAGAAGAAGAAGGAGAAGGCGCUGGCGAGGGUGAAGGGGAUGAUGGUUUGAAGGAGGAGGAGGAGGAGGAGCAAGAGAAGAGUCGGAAAGGGCGGAGAGGGCGGUGUCCUAUCACAGGCGUGGCGGUGGGUCCGGGGCAGUUGAGAAGGGUGUUGGUGUAG